UGCGAGGUCGAGCCAAAGAAAUGUAGACACUCCUGCUCCUGAAUCCAGCCCUGGUGUUCCUGCUCUCCACUCUCUUUGUCCCCGGAACUUCUCCUCUCUCCUGGGUGUCUACUGUCUACCAGCGCCUCCAGCCUGCAUUUGGAUCGCUGUAGGACGAUUAUACAGUCCACUGUCCCGACCCGCAAAAACCACGGCCUCCAAGCGUGUGGACAGAAGGCGAGAAAAGGACCGAAAGAAUAAGACCCCUUUGCCAUUUAUUCCCCGCCGGUGGUUAAUACUGUCGUCGAAACGGAUGAGCCAUCUUUUGGGAUUCUUCUCUGCAGUGCAAAAAGUUUUUUAAACUCUUCCAAACUUUGUUUGGGCUCUUCUACGUGUCUUUAGACGACCCUGGAACUCGACAUUUUUCUUGAACACCUUCUCCGUUUCAGGGAAUAAGUUAGAGCGUGUGUUUUCCAGCGGUUUUCGGUGAUUUUGAUUUUGCUCCCUCUCUGUUGAGUCAAUGAAGCUGUUGAGCUGAAGGAAACCAACGUGUCUCCAUGAGGAACAUUAGUGUAGCGCAUACUUAGAUUACAGCACUGCUGGAAACUUUUUGCACUCACCGAUCAGAUUAUUUUAUCUUUUAUUUUUUGUUUGGUUUUUUGUUUUUUGUUUGUUUGUCUGAAACUGACAACAUGAAGACGCCGCUGUUGCUGUGUGUGCUUAGCACGCUGGUCGUGUUUUGUGUGUCGGCCACGGCGGAGCAAAAGUCGAAAAACUGCAACGAUGUUCGCGCUGCUUACAGCUCCAAAGGCUUCAACGUCAACGAUGUUCCCAACAAAGGAGUUAACGGAGCGUCAUUGAAAGUCUGUCCGCAGGGUUUCUCCUGCUGCACCGUGGAGAUGGAGGAGAAGCUGAGCCAGCAGAGUCACUACGAUAUCAAAGCCCCUGUCUCCAGGCUUAGCAGCAAUCUACAGUCGACCUUUCGACAGAGGCAUGAGCACUUUGACAAGUUCUUCCGGGAACUUUUGAAAAAUGCAGAGGAGUCACUGCACAGCAUGUUUGUACGAACCUAUGGGUUGAUGUACGUGCAGAAUGCCGAGCUGUUCAAGAACUUCUUCCAGGCCCUGACGCGGUACUACGUGUCCGGCAGCGCGGCUGUAAACCUGGAGUCCAUGUUGUCAGACUUUUGGGCUGACCUCCUGGAGAGGAUGUUCCGGUUGGUCAACGUGCAAUAUGAAUUCAGUGACGCCUACAUGGAGUGUGUCAGUCGCCACACCGAGCAGCUGCAGCCUUUUGGGGACGUGCCUCGCAAGCUCCGCAUCCAGUUGACGCGCGCUUUUGUCGCCGCGCGCACAUUUGUGCGCGGCUUAAACCUCAUGCCGGAGGUGGUCCACAAAGUUUCAACGGUCAGCGCGUCUCCCAGCUGUGUGCGAGCCGCCAUGAAGAUGUUGUACUGUCCCUACUGUUCGGGCCAAGUGGCACUGAAGCCCUGCCAGAAUUAUUGUCUGAAUGUGAUGCGGGGCUGUUUGGCCAAUCAGGCAGACCUGGAUACAGAGUGGAACAACUUUCUUGAUGCUAUGCUCGCUCUGGUUGAGAGGCUGGAGGGUCCUUUCAAUUUCGAGUCUGUCAUGGAUCCCAUUGAUGUGAAGAUUUCCGACGCUAUCAUGAACAUGCAAGAGAACAGCAUGCAAGUUUCACAGAAAGUAUUCCAUGGAUGUGGCCAGCCUAAACCGAGCAUGGAAUUCCGCUCCAAACGUUCUGCCAAGGACACGGUCUUCACUGGUCGCUUCCGCCCCUAUAACCCUGACGCAAGACCUACCACGGCUGCUGGAACAAGUUUAGAUAGACUGACGAGUGAUGUAAAGAAGAAGUUGAAACACGCCAAGAAAUUUUGGUCCACAUUGCCAGACACUGUUUGUGAUGGUGAGAGAAUUGCACCUGGUGAUGACUGCUGGAAUGGAACAGCAAAAAGCAGGUAUGAGGCGGUUGUCAUUGGCAAUGGGCUGGCCAAUCAGGUGUCCAACCCCGACGUGGAUGUGGACAUCACAAAGCCAGACAUUGUGAUUCGAAGCCAGAUUGCAGUUCUGAAGGAAAUGACAAGUUGGCUGAGAGCUGCGCACAGCGGCAAUGAUAUCUCAAUUGAUAACGACGAGGAAGCCAGCGGCGGAGAGGAGAGUGGCAGCGGCUGCGAUUCUCCAUCCUGUGACAUGGAUCCGGACAUCUACUUCUCCACUCCUCCCAAUCCGGUGGAUCCUCGGGUUAAUCUGGUGCACGGUGAAACAUCAGCUGGUGUAACCCUGCAGGGAAGCGUGGCACUGGCGCUCUGCGGGCUGGCCCUGCUUACUGCUUACUUGAGAUAAAAGUAUUUGGGCCAUGAGAUGAAGAGAAUGACUGAGAAUGAGAACGAUGGAGUUCAGUGGAAAACUGUCAGAAAGACUUUAACAAGACUGCCUUCAGGACCUCGGACAGUCCACCAUUGGGAGGGAGGGAGGAGGGGGGCUCUUCUUAAUAUUACAAUAAUUUCACUUUUAAUUAAUUGUUUGCAUGUUUCGAGGACUACGGUGUACAACAAUCUGAUUCUCAUCCCAAGAAAGCCACCUUUCCCACUAACUAAAACCUUGAUUCCUUCUGGCUCAAUUGGAGCUACGCUAUGGUUGUGCCUGCAGCAUUAGGAAAACUAUGUGUGUCUUAUUUCGUGCAGUUUCUUCUCAUACUUCAGUGUGUGCCUUCUUUGAUGGUGCCGUCUACAAAAUAUAACCAACACAUGGUAUCUAGGACGGAACAGACCUUCUUCAUCACUGGUGUCCAUCCAUCCUACAGACAUCUGCAAAAACAAAAAAAAAAUAGGUUUUAGUAGUUAUAUUAGAGCAGUGAUAAUGAGCGUUCAUUUCUGACAGUCAUUUAUCACUCUGUGUGCAAACUGUGAAUCUCUGUGCAUUUAUGCAUGAACCUCCAACAGCCAGUAUGAAAUUCUGGGAAUGGGGAGUCUCGACUUGUUUCUCCGAACUUAGGGAAACAGUGUCGGCUCUUUGUUCUGUGUUUGCCUUGGAAAGAUAGCAUGUUGUGUCAGGGCUACAGCAUGACUUCAUACAGUCAAUACAAAGAGAGAAGUUACAGCAUUUUUUUUCUUCAGUGGGUGGAAUCAUUCUUCACAAGAGCUUUGAGGGCUCCCUUUGAGUCCAAACCUGCACAGUUUAUAUCGGCUCUGAGCCUAAUCACAGUCUCACGUCUAAGUUUCUCUGUUCAGAUGUUUUGUAGUAAGGUCAUACCUCAUACAUGCUCUCUCUGUCAGUGCAAUCAAGUGACUCUGGAGUUGAAAGUGUCUGGUAGAGAUGUUAUCUGUGGCUGGCGCCCCGCUGAAUGGAGAUCAAGCCUGACAAGGAGCUGGACUCUCCCGGUGUUAUCCCUGAAGACGGCAAAGCUGACAAGUCCCAAAUGCCCCUGUUUUUGUACUGUAAACUCAGUUCGUGACUGAAGAUCUGACUUUGUACAGUCUUACAUGUUUGAAAGUAAUGUGUUUCACACAUUCAUCUAGACAAGAGAACCAAAAGAGAGUGCUUCGAUCAAAAGGAAAAGAUUAUUUUAAUACAGGGUUUUUAUGUUGAAGAGGUGCUGUAUUUUUUAUAGCUAUUUUUGGUAUGAAGAUAUAUAUUAGGUACUACAGUGGGUUUUGAAUGCCACUUUUAGAUGGUUGAACUGGCUAGUGUGCAACUUGUUUGCACAUUUGUACCUCAUACAUGGCCUUUUUCGGUAUAAUUGGACUCCUCGUGAACCAUUUAAAAAAAAUCAAUCCUAAACCUCACAGCCCAUAAUUUCAACUCAUGGAUGAUGUUGAAGUUUUGUCGCAAUUGCAACCAAAAUUAAUACAAUGUGCAGUAGAUUUGUUUUGUUUUGUUUUUUUAAUCUGGGGGCGGGGGGGGGAUCAAUCAUAUAUCCGUAGAGUAAUUGGCAACUUCUAAAGGUAAAAUGAAUUUGAUUUAUUCAAAUUGUGUUUGUCAGGUGCUGAAAUCCCCUUUGUGUCAUAUGUUGUUAGGCCAAAAAGCACAACACAAGACUUUCUGUUCAUUUCAUUAUUCUGAGUUAUCUUUUUCAUUUCAUCUCAACAAUUGAGGUGACACUGUACAGUAACUUACAGUACGUGCAUCUUCCCUGAAACUGACAAAGACUAUCCAUAAUUAACAACAUUCAUUGUCACUUAAACAUCACAGUCUUUCAUUUACAUUUUAGGGUUUUACAUAUGCAAUUUUCAGAUUUUGUUUUUUUGUUUUUAAGUGGCUUUUCCAAGUACCUUGAUGGACCUACAAGAUCUGUCCACAGUAAAGACUGGCAGAAAAUACUGGUCACCGCCUUUUGCCUCCUGUUUGGUUUUGAAAUUGACAGGUUGAUUGUAAGCUCACAUGAAAAUGUCUUCCACAUAAGUGAGCAGUCCAGUCAUGAAGACUGAGAAUGAAACAGUGAGGACAUCACUGUUAAAAAUCUCACUUUGAAGGAACUCCUAUGCAAUCAGUUUAAAAUCACGAAGCCUUUACUUAAAAUAAUUAAGCCUGAGCUUCUGCAAUUGAAUUUGGCAUUGCUGUACUUUAAUUUGACCGACAUGGUAUAUUACUAACAUUUCUUUUAGUGCUUAUGCAAGUCUUUCCGCUCAUGUAGAAGAGUUGCAUUGAGUGACGAAUACCCCUCCAAAAAAAACGAACUUUCAGAUUAAGUGCUUUGGAAAAUGAUGGUAAAUGUCUGUGCUUGCGGGCCGGGCCGCAGGAGCAUUUUCCAGCUGGCAGGAGUUGGUCCCGGUGCAGGAUGACGUGUUUUUGAACCACAAAACAACUUCAGUCUCGGGACGAAGUUGAGUUGGACAGGUGUUGGUAGUCUUUGAUCUGUCUUCGGCCUACAAAGAAACUGAAUGGACUCAAUCAUCUCUGAGGAGAGAAUGUGUGAACAACUGAAAAGAAUAAGAGAAGUGUAAAUAAAGAGCAGCCAUUUUAGAUGUCUCUGAAAGAGGCCGUAACAUUACAACAGAUUUAUACAUGUCAGAGUAUCUCCUAAAUGUUAUGGAAAAACAAGAUGAGAUAGAUGUUGAAUUGUAAGAAAAAAAUGUAUAUUAAACAUUUCUUAGUCUUGUUGAAAUAAAGACUGCCAAUAUUUAACUGAU